AUGAAAGUUGCGACUCUGCUCAAUAUCCUCGUACUGGUCGGCUUGAACCAGGCAAAGCCAAUACAGAGUCGCAGCAUCCAAUGGAGUCCUUGUGCAGACUUGCCCCAGGAGAUCCCGUGCGACACGUGUGAAUGUAGCACACUUCCGGUGCCGCUGGACUAUACCAACUCCUCGUCAACGACCAUUGAUCUCCCAAUUCUCCGCAUCCCCGCGACAGAGCAACCAUCCAAAGGCAGUGUUCUGUUCAACUUCGGAGGACCUGGCGCCGAGGCCCGGCAAAUACUUGCUAGCAGUGAGAAGAAACUCAUGGCGGCAACUGGGAACGUUUACGAUCUCGUUGCCUUUGAUCCACGAGGUACAGGUAUCAACAACCCCAUGAACUGUACUGGCGGUGACCCUCUCGAGCUGCUUGCUAUCGCGAAAGGAUUCACGCUUAAUCCAGACACUGCGCCGUCGCAAAACUGGGCUCAGAGCAAGGUGCUGGCAGAUCGUUGCCUUCGCAAUCAAAGCGACAUUGGGGAGUUCAUAGGUACUGCGUUUGUGGCCAGAGAUCUUAUGAGCGUCGUGGAUGAACUGGAUGACGACGGGAUGCUCCGAUUCUGGGGGUUCUCGUAUGGGACGGUUUUGGGCGCCACUGUGGCCGCCAUGUUCCCCAGUCGGAUAGAUCGCAUCGUUCUUGACGCGGUCACUAACUUGCACGAGUACUACAAUGAUUGGGCGGAUUACGAGGAGUGGCUACAGACCGAUGAGGUGUUCUCCGGCAUUUGGUCAACCUGCAUCGAUGCGGGCCCGGAUCGCUGUCCGCUCGCGGCCGUCUACAAUGAUAGCGCCACAUUGGAAGCCGCCGUCUAUGACCUUAUCGAUUCCACCCUCGAAGCUCCCAUUAUCAUCACAAGCUCGAACGCCACUGUUGCGCUAGACUAUCACAAUCUGAAGCAGAUGUACUCCAGUUCAAUCUAUGGCCCUGCUUCGUGGCCUGCGACUGCAACCAUCACGGCGCUCCUGCUCGCCAAUGAGACCGAGAGCGACGAGCUGUACACCCUCCUCGCGGCCAUCGGUCUCGAUUGUAUCAGCCCUCUCAAUCCCAUCAUCGCUUGGGCAACGACCAUUGCCACAAUAGGCAUCAGGGGUAGCGACCGCGUGCUCCGUGCAGAGUCCCUCUCACAGAUGGAGCCCAUCCUCGCGCGCCUGCGCCAACAGAGCCGCAUCUUGGGAGAUAUCUCAGACUUCCUCAUCCUGGGUGGUGCCAGCUGGAGAUUCGAAGCUAAAGAGCGCUACACAGGCCCGUGGGAGAACAUCACGACCCAGCAUCCCAUGUUGCUGCUCGGCAAUACGUGGGAUGGCUACACGCCGAUUAGGAGCGCGUACAACACCAGCGCUUCAUUCGUGGACAGUGUGGUGCUGGAGGUGGAGGCGUAUGGCCAUGGGACUCUGGGGGUGGCAUCGGAGUGUUUGAUGCAGAAGACGCAGGCGUAUUGGGUGAACGGGACGCUGCCCGAGCCAGGGGAGAAAUGUGGGAUAGACGUGAAGCCGUAUGACCCGGUUGAUGAAUGA